CAAAGGCUAGUCGGGAUGAUUACAGCCUAUCUAAAGUAUAUAAUACUUAUUAGAGUAAAGAAUUAUGAUGAAAAGUAUGUGUGUUCCACACUUAAUUAGUUCUUAAUUCUUUCCUUUCACAAUAAAACUCUUCACGAACUCCUCUUCUCACACAACUCCCAAAAGCUGCAAUCUCAGAAACAAAGAUGCAGAGAAAGCAAACUCUUAAAUGGCCGAUUUCUGACGUAGCUACCGACCUCACGAUCGAAGUCGGCGCAUCGAGUUAUGCACUUCACAAGUUUCCUCUGGUUUCGUGGAGCGGAAGGAUCCGGAAGCUUUUGCUCGAGGCCAAAGACUCGAAGCCGACGCGCGUGAACCUCGAGGGCAUGCCGGGCGGAUCGGAGGCGUUCGAGCUCGCCGCCAAGUUCUGCUACGGCGCGCACGUAGAGCUCGAUCUGUCCAACGUCGCCAUGUUGCAUUGCGCGGCUCACUAUCUGGAGAUGACUGAAGAAUUUUCAGAUAAGAAUUUGGUUCUCCGAACCGAGGUUUUCCUCAAGGAAUCGGUCGGUCCUUCGAUCGCGAACUCGAUCACCGUGCUCCGCCACUGCGAGAAGCUCCUUCCGGCGGCCGAGGAGGUCGAUCUCAUCGACAGGAUCAUAGCGAAGAUAGUGAACAAUGCCUGCAAAGAGCAAGUCGCCGCCGGCCUUUUGGAUCUCGAGCAGAGCUCGGCUCUAGAUCCGACGAACUGGUGGGGAAAGGCUUUGGCGGCGCUGAGCUCGGAUCUCUUCCAGAGAGUCAUCAAGGCGAUGAAAGCUAAGGGUUUGAGGAAGGAGACGAUCACUAGGAUCUUGAUGAACUACGCACAGAGCUCGGUCCAAGGCGGCCUGUCGUCGGAGGAACAGACUCUCGCGAAUCAGAAGAUCGUCGUCGAGACGAUCGCCGGUUUGCUUCCGACGCAGAGGAGGAAGUGCGACGCGCCGAUCGCGUUCCUUUCGGGGCUUCUGAAAACCGCGACGAUGGUUUCGGCAUCGGCGAUCUGCAGAGCGAACUUGGAGAGGAGAAUCGGCCUCCGAUUGGACCGAGCCAUUCUCGCGGACAUUCUGAUUCCGGCGAACUGCCGCCACAAGGGGGCACACUCGAUCUACGACACUGAUUCGGCGCUGAGGAUCUUCUCCAUCUUCCUGAAUUCGAACGACGAGGAGGAGGAGGAAGAGCACCGGUCGAGAGAAGACAUCGACGGUGGUUACUACGAACAGAGCUCUCUGCUCAAAGUGUCCAAUCUUCUGGAUAGCUAUCUCGCAGAAAUCGCAUUGGACUCCAACUCGACGCCGGCGAAGUUCAUCGCUCUCGCCGAACUGCUCCCCGAUCACGCGCGAGCAGCGAAUGAUGGUCUCUACAGAGCUAUCGAUAUCUUCCUCAAGGUUCAUCCGAACAUCAAAGACUCGGAGCGGUAUCUACUGUGCAAGUCGGUGAAUUGCCAGCGGCUGUCUCAAGAGGCAUGCAGCCAUGCGGCUCAGAACGAGAGGCUGCCCGUUCAGAUGGCGGUGCAGGUUCUGUACUUCGAGCAAAUUCGGCUUCGAAAUGCGAUCGACGGAGGCCACGAUCGGUUCUUCUUCGUGUCUCAGAGGUCGGGGAGCGGAGCGGGCAGCGCUGCCGUUUCUCCGAGGGACUGCUAUGCGUCGGUGAGGAGAGAGAACAGGGAGCUGAAGCUCGAGGUGGCGAGGAUGAGGAUGAGGCUCACUGAUUUGGAGAAGGACCAUGUUUCCAUGAAGAAGGAGCUCGUUCGAGCAAAUCCGACCAACAAGUUGAUGAGAUCGCUAGCUAAGAAACUGAGCAAGAUGAGUGCCUUCUUUAGGAUGAGGGAACUGAAGCCGUUUGGCGCGAAGAGGGCUGCUGCAUCCGAUGCUCGUCUACUGUUUCAGAGGAGGAGCCACUCCAUUUCAUGAACGACUUCUUUCUUAUCUGGAUUCUGUUCCAUUUGUAUUGUAUUUGGUAUUUUCUUUGAUUUUUUUUUUUUACUUUUACUAUUUGCUUUCGAUCUUCCAGUGUGUUCAGUUUCAUACACUUUGAGAUUUA